AUGUCUGAAGAUUUCGCGGUUCCUGCAAAUCUGACACCUAUUGAAACAAGAACGACUAAGGUUCAUAAUGGUGUUACUAAGGCCACAUUUGCUGUUAAGACGGGCUUUGCCCAGAAUUUAAAGAAUGGUGUAAUCAUGGAUGUUGUCAAUGCUGAUCAAGCUAGAAUCGCAGAAGAAGCAGGUGCAGUUGCUGUGAUGGCAUUGGAACGGGUGCCAGCUGAUAUCCGAAAAGAAGGCGGAGUAUCACGUAUGUCUGAUCCAAAGUUGAUCAAAGAAAUUAUAAAAGCUGUUACUAUUCCAGUAAUGGCCAAAGUACGAAUUGGUCAUUUUGUCGAAGCGCAGAUAUUGGAAGCUAUUGACAUAGAUUUUAUUGACGAAUCAGAAGUUCUUACCCCAGCUGACGAGCAGAACCACAUAAAUAAACACAAUUUCAAGAUUCCUUUCGUAUGCGGUGCAAAAAAUCUAGGCGAAGCGCUUCGUCGAAUUUCUGAGGGUGCCGCUAUGAUACGCACUAAAGGGGAAGCAGGAACAGGUAAUAUUGUAGAGGCUGUCCGUCACAUGAGGACUAUUAAUAGCGAAAUUAGGAAAGCAUCUGCCAUGAGCGAUGAGGAAUUGUACAGUUAUGCCAAAGAAUUACAAGCACCCUAUCAUUUGUUGAAGGAAACAGCCAAAUUAAAAAGACUUCCAGUUGUGAAUUUUUCUGCAGGUGGUGUUGCAACACCAGCUGACGCUGCAAUGAUGAUGCAACUUGGUUGUGACGGCGUGUUCGUUGGUUCUGGGAUAUUCAAAUCUGGUGACCCAGCGAAACGAGCCAGAGCAAUCGUACAAGCAGUUACUCAUUACAACGAUCCUAAAAUUCUGGCCAGUAUAUCAGAAGAUAUAGGCGAUCCCAUGGUUGGAAUUAAUAUAGAUACCUUACCAGUAAAUCAAUUAAUGGCCAGGAGGG